UCUUCUUCUUCCAUUUCUUCUUCGUAAUUUCAUAAUAGCUAUUCUUCCUAUCUCUCUCUAUAUAUACCAACAUUUCAUUCAACCUUCCUCUAUUCAUUACCUCCCAUUCCUCCAAAAACAUUGCCUCUCUUCCUCUUCCACCCAUUCCUUCAAUGGCGCUCGCCUACGAUCCUCUCUUCAUCACAUCCGACAAAACCGCCAUGGACGUACCCUCCACGCCGCCGCCGAUGAACCUAACCCAAGACGACCUCAAACGAAUCGCCGCUUACAAAGCCGUCGACUUCGUCCGAUCCGGCAUGGUCCUCGGCCUCGGAACCGGCUCCACCGCCAGACACGCCGUCGACCGAAUCGGCGAGCUUCUCCGGCAAGGAAAGCUCUCGGACAUCGUCGGCAUCCCGACGUCGAAGAAGACUCAGGAGCAGGCUCUCUCCCUCGGCAUCCCUCUCUCCGACCUCGACGCGCACCCCGUCAUCGACCUCUCCAUCGACGGCGCCGACGAGGUCGACCCUCGUCUCAACCUCGUCAAAGGACGAGGAGGGUCUCUCCUCCGCGAGAAGAUGAUCGAGGGGGCUUCCAAGAAGUUCGUGGUGAUCGUCGACGAGUCGAAGAUGGUGAAGCAUAUAGGCGGGAGCGGGAUGGCUCUCCCGGUGGAGGUUGUUCCGUUCUGCUGGAAGUUCACGGCGGAGAAGCUGAGGGAGGUGAUGGAGGGGUACGGCGGUUGCGAGGCGAAGCUGCGGUUGGGAGGGGAGAAGGGGAAGGCUUUUGUGACGGACAAUGGGAAUUACAUAGUGGAUAUGUAUCUGGAGAAGGAUAUGGGAGAUUUGUGGGCAGUGAGCGAUGCGAUUCUGAGGCUGCCUGGAGUCGUGGAGCAUGGGAUGUUUCUUGAUAUGGCUUCUACUGUUAUCAUUGCUGGUGAGCUUGGUGUCAAGAUCAAGAACAAACACGGCUCUUGUUGUUGUUGAUUUUCUUGUUUUUUUUGGGUAUUAGGAGAAAGAGAAGAUUAUUAAGAGGUAAACUCAUGAGUAGAGAAUAUGGUUUUGGAUUGGUUGAUAUAUGAUGUCACUGUGAGGAGAUUUGAGUUUUCUUCACAGAGUUUUGGAUGCUUGAUCAUAUAUUAUCAUCAUCUGAGUUGUUCAUUUUAGCUUCAUUUGUCUGCUGAUCUUUCUAAGUAAUGGGCCUAUUGUGUUGGGCUUUGCUCUU